UUUUUCUUCGUUCUUUCUGUUCUGUUUUUUACCCCCAGAAAAUAACUCUCACUGAAAUUUAAAACCUUUGAGUAUUCUUCGUCAAUUCAACUUUCUGAAGAAUCAUCACAAAGGUUUUGAUUAAAAUUAAAAUCAAAAUCAAAAUCGCUUAUUCAAUUCAACGCAUUUUCUCGAUUAAUUGAAAAUCACUUUUUAUUUUCAACCUGUUUUUCUGAAGACUUCACGAUCACUCUGUGAUUUGGCUUCUUUGAGUUGAUCUCUUCGUGCUGAUUCUUGCUUUGCGAUGAUUUGUUACUGUUAGAUCUGAAGUAUUGUUGCUACUGUUGUUUGAAUAAGCACGUUGAGGUUGUGGAAUUUUUUCAAAAUUUGGAAUUAUCGAGUUUGAAAAUCAUAAUUCGUUGUUGAAGAGGGAUUUAGUGGUGGAGAGUGUCGUUUUUGCAUUUUGUGAUUUUGUAGUUUGUUGAUAGAUAUGAAGCGGUCACGAGAGGAGAGUUUCAUGACUUCUUCUUCUCAGCUUAAACGACCUAUGUUAUCUUCUAGAGGAGAAGCGUCCGGGCAACCCCUGAUGGUUAAUGGAGGUGGUCAAAAACUGACUACUAAUGAUGCCUUAUCAUAUCUCAAGGCAGUAAAGGAUAUUUUUCAAGAUAAGAGGGAUAAAUAUGAAGAUUUUUUGGAGGUCAUGAAAGAUUUUAAAGCACAAAGAAUUGAUACUGCUGGUGUCAUAGCAAGAGUGAAGGAUCUUUUUAGAGGUCAUAGAGAUUUAAUUUUGGGAUUUAACACAUUUUUGCCAAAGGGGUAUGAAAUCACCCUUCCGAUGGAGGAUGAUCAACCUCACUCAAAAAAGCCUGUUGAAUUUGUAGAAGCUAUGAGUUUUGUGAACAAGAUAAAGACUCGAUUUCACGGUGAUGAUCAUAUUUACAAGGCAUUUCUAGACAUAUUGAAUAUGUACAGAAAGGAGAAUAAGUCUAUCGACGCGGUCUACCAGGAGGUUGCUGCACUCUUCCAAGACCACCCAGAUCUUCUCGAUGGGUUUAUUCAUUUUCUUCCCGACGUUUCCGCAGCUGCCUCUGCUCAUACUGUUGCUCGGAAUUCUAGCUUUCGAGAUAGGAGCUCUGCAAUGCCAACAGUGCGGCAAAUGCAUGUUGAAAAGAGAGAAAGGACCAUUGUUUCACAUGGUGACCGUGACACCAGUGUUGACCGUCCUGACCCAGAUCAUGACAGAAAUUUGUUGAGGGCAGAAAAGGAGCAUAAGAGACGCGUGGAGAAGGAAAAGGACCGUAGAGAAGAUAGAGACAAGAGAAAACGAGAACGAAAUGAUAGAGAUGAUCAGGGAAGGGGUCGAGAUAGGGAGCGGUUAUCCCACAAACAAAAAUUCGAUCAUAUGGCUGAAGACUCAGGAGCUGAACCAUUGCUUGAUGCAGAUCAAAAUUCUGGUGUUUAUAGUCAAGAGUUAGCUUUCUGUGAUAAAGUCAAAGAGAGAUUACGAAAUCCUGACAGCUACCAAGAAUUUUUGAAGUGUUUACAUAUUUACAGCCGGGAAAUUAUUACUCGACAAGAAUUGCAGUCUCUGGUGGGUGAUUUAUUGGGAAAGUAUCCAGAUCUUAUGGAAGGGUUUAAUGAAUUUUUGCUACAAGCUGAGAAAAAUGAUGGUGGAUUCCUUGCUGGUGUCAUGAAUAAGAAGUCCUUAUGGAUUGAAGGACAUGGACUGAAACCAAUGAAGGCUGGACAGAGAGAUAGGGAUCAUGAUAAAGAUCGUUACAGGGAUGAUAGUUUGAAAGAAAGGGAUCGUGAAUUCCGAGAAAGGGAUAAAUCUUCUGUGAUUUCCAACAAGGAUGUUUCAGGUUCUAAGAUGUCUCUAUAUCCCAGCAAGGAUAAGUAUCUCUCUAAACCAAUAAAUGAGCUGGACCUUUCUAAUUGUGAACGAUGCACUCCCAGUUACCGUCUCCUACCAAAAAAUUAUCCAAUACCUAUUGCUAGCCAGAAAACAGAAAUUGGCGCUGAAGUGUUGAAUGAUCACUGGGUGUCUGUCACUUCAGGAAGUGAGGAUUAUUCCUUUAAACAUAUGCGCAAAAAUCAAUAUGAAGAGAGUUUGUUUAGAUGUGAAGAUGACAGGUUUGAGCUUGAUAUGUUGUUAGAAUCUGUAAAUGUGACAACUAAACGAGUACAAGAAUUGUUAGAAAAGAUCCACAAAAAUCUACUUGAAGGAGACAGCCCGAUUCGUAUUGAGGAGCACUUAACAGCUCUAAACUUUAGGUGUAUUGAACGAAUAUAUGGUGACCAUGGUCUUGAUGUGUUGGAAGUGCUAAAGAAGAAUGCAUCUCUAGCUUUGCCAGUGAUACUAACACGCUUGAAGCAGAAACAGGAAGAGUGGGCAAGAUGUCGUGCUGAUUUCAGUAAAGUUUGGGCUGAAAUAUAUGCCAAGAAUUAUCACAAAUCUCUUGAUCAUCGCAGCUUCUACUUUAAGCAACAGGACACAAAAAGCUUGAGCACCAAAGCCCUACUGUCCGAAAUCAAAGAAAUCAGUGAGAAGAAACACAAAGAAGACGAUGUUCUUCUUGCAAUUGCUGCGGGAAAUAGACGGCCUAUUCUUCCAAACCUAGAGUUUGAAUAUCUUGAUACAGACAUCCAUGAAGACUUGUAUCAGCUUAUAAAAUAUUCAUGUGGAGAAGUUUGCACAACUGAACAGUUGGAUAAAGUUAUGAAGGUUUGGACAACAUUUUUAGAACCCAUGCUUUGUGUACCUUGUCGGCCCCAGGGUGCUGAGGAUACUGAAGAUGCUGUGGCUAAGAAUAGUUCUAGGAGAAAUGUUGCUGAGAGUGAUGGUAGUCCUGGUGUUGGUGCCACCAUAAUGAGCCCAAAGCAUAUAGAUACUUCUAGAAAUGGUGAUAACCGUGUGCCGUUAGAUCAGUCAACUUCUAGCAUAGCAUGGCAGUCAAAUGGUGAUACUGGGAUUAGAGAAGAUAAAUGUCUUGAUUCAGACUGUACUGUGCCUGAACGUGAAGCUUUUUGCAGUAAUCCGCAAAACGGUAAACCGAAUAUAAUUGCAUCCGUGCCUAGUGAGCUAUCAGGAGUCAAUAAGCAAGAUCUCUCUGGUGAGCGGUUACUGAACGAUAAUGUCUCACCAUCAUCUGGAAUGGAGCUAAGUAAUAAAAGAAUGAAGAUAGAUAAUGCAUCAGGACUUGCUGCUACUCUAUCUAGAAAUGAUAAUGUUUCUGUCACGGGAGGACAUGAAUUACCUUCAUCACAGGGUGGUGAUUCUGCCAGAGCAGGUACUUCCAUAAAUGGGGCCAUCGCUGGAGGCACUGAUGUUUGCAGAUAUCAAGAGGAAUCAAAUCGACAGUUCAAAAGCGAAAGAGAAGAGGGUGAGUUAUCUCCAAAUGGAGACUUUGAAGAGGAUAAUUCUGCAGUUUAUGGAGAUGCUGGUUUGGAUGUAGUGCAUAAAGGAAAGGAUGGUGGUGUGAAUCGGCAAUACCAAAAUAGGCCUGGGGAAGAAGUUUGUGGUGAAGCCAGACGAGAAAAUUAUGCGGAUGCUGAUGAUGAAGGCGAAGAAAGUCCUCAGAUGUCCUCAGAGGACAGUGAAAAUGCUUCUGAAAAUGUUGAUGUGUCUGGAAGUGAAUCUGCUGACGGUGAGGAGUGUUCUCAAGAAGAGCAUGAGGAUGGAGAACAUGAUAGUAAGGCAGAAAGUGAAGGUGAAGCUGAAGUUGUGGCUGAUGUGCAUGAUGUUGAAGGAGAUGGAACGUCAUUACCAUUUUCUGAACGCUUUCUUCUAAACGUGAAGCCAUUGACGAAGCAUGUUCCCUCAGUGCUACAUGUGAAAGACAGGAAUUCUAAAGUUUUUUAUGGAAGUGACUCCUUUUAUGUGCUGAUUAGACUUCAUCAGACAUUGUAUGAGAGAAUACAAUCAGCAAAGGUUAACUCAUCAUCAGCUGAAAGGAAAUGGAGGGCUUCAAAUGAUACAAGCUCUACUAAUCAAUAUGACAGGUUCAUGAAUGCGCUUUACAGUUUGCUGGAUGGAUCUUCUGACAAUACAAAAUUUGAGGAUGAUUGUCGAGCUAUUAUUGGAACUCAAUCAUAUCUCUUAUUCACGUUAGACAAACUGAUAUAUAAACUUGUUAAACAGCUUCAGGCUGUUGCGAACGAUGAGAUGGAUAAUAAGCUUCUUCAACUAAAUACAUAUGAGAAGUCAAGAAAACUUGGAAAGUUUUUCGAUGUAGUUUAUCAUGAAAAUGCUCGCUUUCUUCUUCAUGAUGAGAACAUAUAUCGUAUUGAAUUUUCACCAAAACCAAAGACACUGUCUAUUCAACUUAUGGACUGUGGAAAUGUAAAACAUGAAGCGACUGCUGUGUCAGUGGACCCAAACUUUUCAGCCUAUCUGCUUAAUGAAUUCCUCUCCGUUGUCCCAGACCAAAAGACAUCGGGGAUUUUCUUGAAAAGGAGUAAACGUGGAUAUGCCGUUAAUGAUGAGUUGUCAAGCCAGGUUACGGAAGGACUACAAAUUAUUAAUGGUCUGGAGUGUAAGAUAGCUAGCAAUUCUUCUAAGGUGUCGUAUGUUUUAGAUACCGAAGACUUCAUGUUUCGGAUGAGAAGCAGAAGAAAAGCUUUGCGUCUGAAGCGUGAACAAGAAAAUUCUUCAAACAUUCGUUCAAGCAGAACAGCAAGGUUCCGCAAAAUGUUUUCCUUCACUUGACAGUGUACAUUCUGUGUUGUUGUAUUUUUCAAGGUUCAUAGGCAGAGGGGACGGGUGUAAGCGACAGUGUAUCCUAGAAGUUGGUCAAAGGAUGUAUGAUAUUUCAUCAUAUUUUAUAGAUAAACUAAUAAAGAUUACAGGAAAGGGGGAGGCACAGUGCUGCUAGGAGAGGAAAAGUUAUUUGUUGUAUACCGAAAUUUGUUGUUGAUGAUGACUUGCAAUAAUGUAAAUUGGUAUAUUUGUUAUGUAACUGGAGGACAUUUUAUUCCAUCCAUCCAAUUUUGUUGUCUAGUUUAUUUACUA